GAAACGUCGAUAGUUAGUAGUAGCAGUGAUAUGCAUUGGUUGGUACAUAACAUAUCAUCAUAUUCAUAGUCUCAUUUCUUUUACGUCUUUCUCUUCUAAGUCUAGUAAUAACAAAAAAAACUGCACAUAGAUACAACAAACAAUCCUUAACCGUCUUAUUUCUUCUACGACGUCGUUUCAAAAUCGAUGGGACUUUUCAGAAAGUUUUUCGGAUUCCUAGGGUUUCCUAAAGACGAUGACCACGACGAUCACAAUUCCAAGGAUGACUCCGACGAUCAUCCCGCCGCCGGUCAACCUCGUCCACCUAACUUCCGCGUCAGAGAAGCCGGUAUUCCUCGUAAAGGUUUUAGCGUCCCUGUUCAGGUUGUUCAAGAUCGUCCUCAACUUGGUCCUGUUCUCGUUCCUUCUACCUCCGGCGACGGUGGUCUUCAGGGUCUGGGGUGGUAUGCAAAGCAUCUUAGGAUAGAUGAAGAUGGAGAUGUAGCCAAUAAAUUCCUUGAUGAGGUAUCUUCACAGACCCCUGCUGCAUUUGCUGCAGAUCAUCAUAAAGCAACAGCAAGGUUUAAACUGAAGCAUGACACUAGGCCAGUCAAAGUGAGGCAACAGCUCCUAUCAUCAGAUGGGAAAUUUCAGCAGGUUGUGGAACACCAGGGUAAAUUGCAGUUGGUAUAAGUAAUCUUUUAGAAAUUGUUCUGACUAUUCAUUUCUUUAACUUUGAUUGUUGUGCAUAUGGUUGGAACCUGUAGUCGAAAUACUAAUUUACCACUGAGCUUACUUUCUGGUUCCUUCUUGCUCUUUGUUUAAGUAUUUCACUAGCUAUGAAUAUAUUGCCCGGGAAUUGCUGCAUUUGGUGAAAGUAUGUUGAAGUUAAAUAUACACUACAAUUUAAGGAAGUCAAUCUGACAAAUGUGCUAAGGAAUCUCAUUUCUAAGCUAUACUAUGGAAACUACGGAACCUGGAUUCAAUUUUUAA